AUGGCCGAACUACGGGAAGGUCUUCAUCCUCAGACACAGGAGUGUUCUGGUACGAAGUCUGAGACGGACGCAGAUGAAAACUUUGAGGCCAUGCGCCACGCCGCCCUUUCAAUGUUUAAACAGCGUACCAAAGAUCUUACGAUGGUUUCAGCCCUCACCGCAGAAGCCGACCAGGUGGAACAACUAAACACACAGGUGCAAUCAACUAUACAGAAACUGCAAGAGCAGAAGGCUUCACUGGAAGCUCAGAUUGAGGCGGAGGAGCGUCGAGUCAAGCAGUGGGAAGCACAGCUGCGUGAAGUACACGGAAUGCUCGCGCAAAUGAAGGAGGACCAGACAAUGUUUGCGGGUACGCAACGCUCAUCCGAAAAAAUAGUGCUGACGUUGCAACAUUUCGUCUCACAAUACACUGAAAAGGGUGGUGACGUUUCACGUUUGCUGGAUCGAGCUCAGGAAGCGACAGGGGGGCGCACGCCUAAUGAGUGGCGCGGGGCUGCUAACGACUUGCGCAGGCGUGGAGUUGUGCUCCGCGAGCACAUUGAACAAAUCGAGAAGCAACAAAUCGUCCCUCAGGCACUCAUGGAUUUAAUUAUUGAGUGGACAAAAGGCGGGUGGAAAACAUCUCCGGAUUACUCCCCUGCGCUCUGUGUCUGUGAACAACUCGUUUUCUACGAUCCUGAACAAGACGUAAGGGAGUUGGUAGCCUCGCGGUUGCGUUGGGAUGCGGCGAAAAGCAGAACCAUAAAUGCCUCAACAGAGGGAGCAGAGACACUGGUUGAUGACGCCAUCCGUGAAUUGGAUGAACUUCUCGAAGCCGUAGCCGCCGUGGAGAGGGAGUGCGAAGAUGCUGGUCUCUGUUGCACUUCUACCUUGAAAGACAGUCUAAACGGUGUAAAAGAACAGUGGUUAAAUGUCCCACAAUCACGGCAAUUACUCAUUGAUGGUGUGAGAUUGACUGAAGUUUGGAAGAAGCAACUGGAAGAACAUGUUCUGGUGUCCAAUCUUGUUUCUGAGCGCGUGGGUACACUGAGUUCUCACAUCGAUGAAGCUGAAUCAAAUUUUCAACAUGAGAAGAAAAACUCAGAGUCUUCGAGGGAAAUGUGCAACAACCUCCAGCUUUCGUGGACCAAGGCUCUUAAUUUGGUGCUGAUGCACGAGCGGAACAUUGCGAUCCGUGAAGUGGCAAUAUGGACUGUAGAGGCGGAGUCACAGAAACUUCAAACAAAGUUGGAAUCCAUUUUGGCACUGACAGAUGCUCGCUGGGGGGCGAUCCAAGCGCAAGUAAUUCAGCUCUGUGCCGCCGUUGCUGCGGGGAAACAGGAGGCGGCAGCAGCGCAGUUGCUGUUGGAGGGCACCGCAAAGGAUUGCAAGUCAGUGUCAGAAAACCUCUCCGAACUGCAAGACACUUGUACAAAGUUUGAAGCGGAGUUGCGCCACGAGUGCGAAAUGAUUCCCGGGAGACUGCCAAUAUGCUUUACCACAGAGCCUCCACAAUCGGAGGAAGAAACUUCACAGACAGAGGAAGAGGAGGAGAAUCUCAUUCCUGAGACCACCACACGUCAGGACGUUCUGGACGAAUUGCUUAAGUUUCCUGUGGGCAGCGAUGUCGGUUUCACUGCUUCGGCAUUAGGCACUGGAUUAACUUCAACUGGGCUGGAGGUGGAGUUGUUGCGGUGUGUUGCUCAAUGUGUCAUUGCAAUGAAAAAGCAGGGACUUGAUGUUGAGGAAAAGUAUCGUGCGUGGAAGUGUCGCAUGGAUGAGGAGCUCGCUGCAGCCAAUGCCGACUAA